AUGUCAGGAGAGGCUCUGCGCGUCUGGCUCGUCGUGGUCCUCCAGCUGACGCACGUCACGGUGCUGCCGGCAAACCCGGUGGCGACGCGGGGGGGAUUGGACAUGGAGCACACCAAGAAGUUGACGGAGAAGCUCAGCACCUUGUUCCACUUGAAGGAUCUCCUCCGGGGCGCGGCCGUGGCACCGCACAAGAAGGCCCCUCAGUUUAUGUUGGAUCUUUUUGACGCCGUGUCCGACGCGUACGGGACGUCCAAAAGCCAGAAGGAGAUUCUAGAAGGAAACAUAGUGCGGAGUUUCGAAGAUAAAGGUCGUUCUAGUGAGAGGUUUCACUUUUUCAACUUGACGUCCUUUAGAAGAGAGGAAAGGAUGAUAAAAGCUGAGUUCCGGUGGUUCAGAAGGAAACAGAAGUUUUUCCUUGGAAAGUCAUACAGGCCCCAUUUCUAUAAGGUGGAUCUUUAUGAGGUUCUGGAUAGCCGAGUGAAGCCUUGGCGAGGAAACCUCAUCACCUCCAGACUGGUUCCUCUUUACACGCAAGGAUGGGAAGUCUUCAACGUCACGCAAACGGUGUCCAAGUGGAUCCACAACAGCCAGGAGAACAACGGCAUCCUGGUGGUGACCAUGCUUCCAUCUGGGCUCUGGAUGGAAACGGUGGUUUCUCCAUGGAAACAGGCAACAGACACAAACGCCUACUUGGUUAUAUUCUCUGAUGAUGGGAGGACAGGAGCAUCAAAUCAGUCAUACCUUGCAUCUGCUACUGGCCACCCCACCAGGAGGCGACGUGGAGCCCCGUCUUUUUUACCCCGCAGCAGCCGUUCCCAGCACUGCAAGCGUGUCCCCCUCUUCGUGGACUUUGAGGAGAUCGGCUGGUCAGGGUGGAUCAUCUCCCCGCGGGGAUACAACGCUUACCACUGCAAGGGCUCCUGUCCCUUCCCGCUGGGGGGUAACCUCAGAGCCACCAACCACGCCACGGUGCGCUCCAUCAUGCACGCCCUGAAGUUGUCUGCCGACGAGGUGGACGCUCCGUGCUGCGUGCCCGACAGACUCCAGUCCAUCAGUUUGUUGUAUUUUGACGACGAGGAGAACGUGGUGCUGAAGCAGUACGACGACAUGGUGGCAUUGAGCUGUGGUUGUCACUGACAACGAGACAGUGGGGAGAUGUUUCAAGAUAUAAUUUUAAGAAACAAAACAACAUAUUUGUCAUUCACAUUUAGUUAAGUCAACAGUUUAUGCCAAGACUUCAUGCACAUAUGCCCCCUAGAGGCAGUGAGCAGCAUAGCAGCCAUUAUUCUG